AUGUCAAAUUGGUUUAAAGUUGCUAUUGAACAAAAAUAUAUUACAUUAUUUGAGUAUGACUCUUUUCAGGAUUGGAAAGUAAUUGGUAAAGGGGGGUUCGGCGCUGUGUAUAGUGCGUAUUCAAGAGAUGCUGAAAAAACUAUAGCUUUAAAGAGUUUAUAUUGUGAUGACAAUGAUAUUCCACUGGAUGGCUUUAUUAAAGAAAUUAGAAACAUCAAUAGAGUUGCACAUCAUGAUAAUAUAGUACGAUUUUUUGGAAUCACACAAGUUGAAAUCCGUAACAAAUUAAAUUAUAUUCGAAUGGCUCCAGCUUAUCACAGUGAAAAAGAUAUUAGUAUAGGGAUUUCAAAUGAUAAUUAUGUGGAUUUUAACCCAUUAAAACCAAAUAAUGCUGACAAUAGUAUUCAAGAUAUGAAUUCAAUAGGUUAA